GUCGAAGUUCAGAACCGAAUCGGCUAGACGUCGGAGCGCACGGUACACGCGCACCGUCGUGGUCGAGAAGAAAAUUACUUUUAUGCGUGGGGUCCUCGGAGCUGCGGACAUGGCUAAAACACUUCUGUUCACGUGCGUGGCAUUCCUGGUGGGCAUCAGUGUCCUGGAGGCUGUUGAAAAACCGCCUAUUGUCCAGGUGUUUUCCCGUCACCCUGUGGAGCACCACAAGCCAAACAUUUUGAAUUGCUACGUGGAUGGCUUUCACCCUCCCAAAAUCAACAUCACUCUGUUGAAGAAUAAUGAGGAGCUCCCAAAGAAACUGUCUGACCUUUCUUUUAAGAAUGACUGGACCUUCCAGCUCCUGGCUUUUGCUGAUGUGGUUCCUAAUGGAAAAGAUAAGUUUUCCUGUAAGGUGGAACACGUUGCCCUAAAAGAACCAAAGUUCUACGUAUGGGAUCAGGAAUACUAACCAGAUGAUCCCCAUCGAGUAAGGUCUGAAGAACCUUGCCUUCAAAGCUAACUUCAACUCAUGUGAUCUCUAAGCAUCCUUUGUAUAGCAUUCCUUCCUACAACCGAUUGUGGAAUUAAGUGGACAGUUUUCUAGUACCUGCCCUUGCUAAUGCAUCAUGCACAUUUUGCUGUGUUUGGAAUUUUAAGUUUUGUCCACUGUAGGCCAAAGAUUGACGAUUGCACUGGAAAUUUGAGCUGUCAAACAUGUAUUCUAACUUGCAGAUAUUUUCCAUUUUGAAUUCUUAAAAAUGACAUAACCUUCUGUUGCUUUUGCCUACAAUACUUUUAUUUUAUCUUCUGGGAGUUGGCUGGGAUCUUCAUUAGAAAGAUAAAUAUAAAAUUUGAAAGAUUGCUUACCUUCGUUUAUAAGUUGGCUACAAAUCACUUUAUCAUUUGACAUGUAACUCUGCAAAGUUUUUCAAUCUCUAAUAAAGUUCCACUACUUA